AGCAAGGUAUUCUCUCUCACCUCGUGAAUUUGUGCGUUUUCAUUUGGUCUAUUGUACGUGCAUUUUCGAAAUUUAGGAACUUAGGGUUUAUGGUUUAAUUGUUGUAAUGUAUUAUGCAACUAGGAUGCCUAGACGGGGGAAAUCAAAGAAAAACCCCUGGUGUGGACUGGUGAUGCUUAUGUCCCGUUGCCGCUGCCUAGUGGUGUUCCUGUACCGAUGUGCUUCUGCGGUGAUCCUUGCAAGGUAGAUGUGUCCGUUGAAGAGAACACAUAUAGACAGAGAUAUUGGAAGUGUGCCAACUAUGCCUUCGAUUCAACACCUCGUCAGAUCCGCAUUGGGUUGCUGACCCCUCCCCCGCUCUGUGACUUUGAGCAGUGGAUUGACACUGAGAUCAAGGAGGAGGACAAGAGGUAUAUGGAGAUGUGCAAGAAGUGGGAAGCAGAGCGGCUGGAGAGGGUGGAGAAGAGACGCCAUGAGGAGGCAGCAGAAAAAGAGCGGCAGGAAGAACAACAAAGGAGGUUGGCAGCUGAGCGUAGGGAAGAGAGGGAGCGGAAGCUUGAGCGUGUUUGUCGUGCCAAAGCGGCAAUGGAAGAGAAUCCAGAUGCCUUGAGGAAGAGGAAGUGGCCUCGUUGCACGCAGUAGAAUGUGUGUUUAACUUGGGCAAGUCUAGCGACUAAUGAACUAUUCUGGUCGACAGAUGUCGUGCUAUCAUGUAAUGAUCUAUUAGGUGUGUUGUCUUUCAUUUUAGUUUGAAUUAUCUGAUCGCAUGUUCUUGUGUUGUCACGUACUGAACUAUU